AUGAUACAGGAUAAAUACAGACCGGACUCGCUCGCAGCACUGAGAAGAGUGCCCGCAGCACAGAUCCUUGCUGACCUGCCGCUUGAAUCAGCCUCCAAUCUUAUUCUGGUGGGGCCUGAGGGCGCUGGCAAAAGAACACUUUUCUCUGCUUUUAUAAAGGACGCUUUUCAAAGCUCCCCUGUCUUUUUCUCCUACACCUCCACAUACGAAGUGUCUCCCUCUAAGUCCAUCGAAGUGGAGUUCCUUGAGAGCAAAGAGGUCCUUGAGAUAAGAAUGGAAGGGCUGGGAUCGUACGACAAAAAAGUCCUGCAAAAAGUGGCAUCUGAUAUCUCGGCUACAAAAUCAAUAAAAAGUUUGCUAAGCGCCAAUAACCUGGCGAUGCAAGAGAAUGUAAACAGCAGUAACCAGCAGACAACGAGUGCUCCCAAGAUACUCCUUAUCACAGACGGGCAUCUUCUGAGCACUGGAGCCCAGAUGGCGCUCCGUCGCAUUCUGGAGAAAGGAGCUUCUAACUUUAGACUAGUCGUUCUAACUACAUCACUAUCUCAUUUCAUUCCUGCCUUCAAAAGCCGAUUCCUUAUCUGCCGAGUGCCUGCCCCAACGGAUUCUGAUCUUCUUAAGAUAAUAGACAAAGUGUGUGCUAGCGAGGAGGUAGAUAGAAUAUCUCCCGAAGUAACUUCGCAGAUAGUCAGUGCUUCUAAAGGGAAUGUCAGAAUAGCUUUGUCUCUUCUCGAGCUGUCGAUUCAUAAGGAGCCUAUAAAAACAGCCCCAUGGGACGCAGCAAUUCACUCCAUCUCUUCAGACAUAAUAAAAAGUCCGGGAAUAGCAACUCUUAUAAAAAUAAGAGCAAAGCUCUACGAGAUACUUGCAAAUUACAUGCCUGCUUCGUACGUACUUGGAGGAAUUAUGGAGAGUCUCCUUAGAAAAGAGAAAAGAGUGAAUGUAGCUAUGGCCAUCACAGAGAUAGCUUCAAAGUAUUCAGCCAGAAUGGGCGCAGGAACCAGAGACCUGUUCCACAUUGAGGCAUUUAUAGCUGCAGCAAUGGUACUAUACACCGAAUGA